AUUUUAGAGGUUACGUAUUGUCAAACUCAAAACAAAAAAAUUUCAUCGGCUGAUUAAACUGAAGAAAUUACAGACAACAAAUCAAAAUGCCAGGCAAAUCUGUCCAAGUUAGGGCCCAACUAGCUACAAUGAUAGCUGUAGGAAGUUCUCACAAGGAUCAAGCUGAAAAGUACCGACAGAUCCUCGAGACAAUCCUCAAUGAUUCAGGCGAUGAGCUUACAGAAUGCCUUCAAGUUUUCAUCGAAGCUAUUGUUAAUGAAAACGUGAGCUUGGUUAUAUCCCGUCAGAUUCUAACCGAAAUCAGUCAACAUCUCCUGGGAUUAUCAGACGAUGUAUCGAAAGCAGUGUCACAUUUUAUGCUGGAUAAAGUUCAACCCAGAGUGAUAUCUUUCGAAGAACAAGUUGCCAGUAUCCGGCAACACCUGGCAAGUAUCUAUGAAAGGAGUCAAUGCUGGAGGGAUGCUGCUCUAGUUUUGACUGGAAUUCCUUUAGAAACUGGACAGAAACAGUAUCCUGUUGAUUAUAAAUUGGAUACCUACCUUAAAAUUGCCCGAUUAUAUUUGGAGGAUGACGAUCCAGUUCAAGCAGAAAGUUUCAUUAAUAGGGCAUCUCUUUUGCAGGCUGAAUCACGCAAUGAAGUUCUCCAAAUUUAUUACAAAGUUUGUUAUGCCAGAGUUCUGGAUUACAGAAGGAAAUUUAUUGAGGCAGCACAGAGAUACAAUGAGCUUUCUUACAAACCAAUUGUACAUGAAGAGGAAAGGAUGACUGCUUUGAGAAGUGCUUUAGUAUGUACCGUUCUUGCAUCUGCUGGACAACAACGUUCAAGGAUGUUGGCUAUAUUGUUCAAAGACGAGCGUUGUCAACAAAUGCCAGCUUUUGCAAUAUUGGAAAAAAUGUAUCUGGAACGAAUCAUUCAUAAAUCUGAACUGGUAGAGCUUGGAUAUCUUUUACUGCCUCAUCAACAGGCUACAACUGUGGAUGGAAGUACAAUUCUGGACAGGGCUAUCAUUGAGCAUAAUCUGCUCUCUGCCAGUAAACUGUAUAAUAAUAUAAGCUUCAUAGAGUUAGGAGCUCUUCUCGAAAUUGAUCCUGAGAAAGCAGAGAAAAUUGCGAGUCAGAUGAUAACAGAGGGAAGAUUGAAUGGAUACAUCGAUCAGUUGGAUUCAACUGUACAUUUUGAAACUAGAGAAACUUUGCCACAAUGGGACAAACAAAUUCAAUCUUUAUGUUAUCAAGUGAAUUCUAUAAUUGAAAGUAUUGGAAAGCAACAUCCUGAAUGGAUGAUGAAGAGCAUGGAAGAGCAGAUGGUCUCAUAGGUUUGUAAUAAACUGGGGGGUUUUCAAGGUUGUAUGAUUCAGUUUUUGCGAUUUGUAGUAUUCAUUUAACAAAUCUUUUCCUUCGAUACUCUUGUAUUUUUUAUAUUGUUGCUGAAGUAAGCCAUGUUUUUUUUUUGAGUACUUAUAGUUAACCGUCAUUGAAUUUUGCAAUUAGUUGGGUACCGGUAAAAUUUUCCUCAUUCGUACAUUAUGGAGUGGAGACAUUUUACACACAACUUUGGAUAUCCUUUAUUUAUAAAAUAUUAAGAAUUGCAUUAUUAAUAGUGGUUCAUAAAUAUAACAAAGUAUAUUCAGUAAAAUAUGUGUAAAUAUGUUUGUCAUAAAAAGUUGUCCUUAAAAAUAAAAUCUACAAAAAUCUUCAUGUAAGAUUUCCAUAUGUGAAGUGUUGUAGAAUAGUUGGCCGA